AUGGUCCGCUCAAAUUUGUCCCUUUUCUUCUUUCUAUUCACAUUGCCUGUCAUUUGCUAUUCGUUUAUCGUCUAUGGAGAUGAACGAUCGAGAAGAAGUGCCUAUGCAAAUAUGGAUCUACACCAAUUGGUGACAAGAUCGAGGAAUUUUUUACCUCAGGAUCAAACAAUCAAAACCAAAGUGCUUUAUGUGCCCGAUUCGAUGAUUAGAAGUGAUUCCGAUAUUUCGAGUCUUGAUCGAUAUCGUGUUUGUUUCUUCUCACCAAUUCAAUGUUAUCUACCACCAAAAGGAAAA